ACCUCCGUCUGCGAGGCAACAAGGCAGCUCGCAUUUCGCCGCUCACCCAGCGCCCGAGGGAGGCGCGUUAUCCAUGGCCACCUACAGUCCUUCCGGUGCUUCCACUCUGCUCACUCACCCGCGAACUUCCCCCACCAGGAUUCCCGGUCCGGCUUCCGGUCGGAGCUCUCCCUGCGCAGUUGUUGGGCGGGAGAGGAGCAGGAGGAGGGGCGCGGUGGGUUCCGUGCGAGCGUGCUUCAAUCCUCUCGGGGACGAGCGCAUCCUCCGGGAGGCCUUGAAGGAGCCAGUUGCAUUCUUGGGUGGCGUGUUUGCUGGUCUCUUGAGGCUUGACCUGAAUGAGGAUCCUCUCAAGGAGUGGGUGACUCGAACGGUGGAGGCUUCUGGAAUAGCUGAGGAGAAUAGCACCGAGGAAUCUGAUGAGGGAGCUCAAGGUGAUGGACCUCAACAAAUCGAGAUUGAGUGAGGUGCUUUAGUUGCCUUUUGCCCUCCUUUACAAACUUGCCUUGUAACUCAUUACGAACAUAUCUGUAAUAUCUAAGCAAUAGAAUGCUUGGCCCGGUUUUAAUGUGCAGCUUUAUAUAAAAAUACUGGCAUGUUGUUAGUA